AUGGCCGCAGUCCUGACGACCGCGGGGGUCGAGCUGUUUCUCAACGGUGCGGCUGUGCUAUUCGCCGUGCGCACCUUCAACAAAUCACUCCCGACUUGUCCGGGUGUCGCGAUGAUGCAUAUGAACGUGUUCCUGAGUUCCAUCGUGAGCGACAUGCUCUCGGAACAGAUUGCAAUACACAGUUGUCUCUCAUAUGCUGUAUUCGUUGACCCCCGCAUUUUCAGCAUAGGUCAGAGCAGGAGUGCAGAGGUGAGUUUUAGGAACUGGGUCGCGGCAUCUGUUGUGGAGCUGUUUGUGGAUGCAGCGUGCAUCUGGAGCGUUGCUCUGAUGCUGCCCAUUAGCUUCGGCGGGAUGGUCUCGUGGGCAAGGAAGUCGCCAGCCAUGAUGGUCUUCUCGGUGUGUGCCACCGUCUACCCACAUCUGAUCGGGCUGCACAAUUUCCUGGAUCAAGACCGCUACGCCUUCGGGGACGGCAGCUGCGCGUUCCGUGCGGUGUUCCAGUGGGAGAAAGACCCACAGAGGGAGACCCGCUACGUCAUGACGAGCGGGCUCCCCUGGACGAAAGGCGACAAGGACCCAGAGACUUUUCAAACGGCCACUAAGUUUAUCUCAUUAAUGCUGCAAGCCUGUAUUAUAAACUUAGUGAGCUUUUGGAUUGUGUCUGAAAAGGAAACCGAGGAACACGGCAUCGCUUUUCUCCGCGAGCUGGCCGUUGCAGUUCUCAAGGGGCCAGCCGAGGAUGAACAGGAGCGUGCUGGGCGCCAGGCUGGUGUGGACGGGGAGUCCUGGACAACGUACGUCAAGCGGAUGUCCAGGAGCGGGCAGUGGGCCGACGAGGAAAUGCUCCGCGCCCUGUCCAAGGCGAUCGAGCACCCCAUCAUCGUCUUCGUGAAGAACUCCAACCCUGGCCACGAGGGGUUCUUCACGUGGGUCUACGGCGACCACUUCCCCGCACCAGCGAUCCCGUUAUAUUGGGCCGACGAGGAAAUGCUCCGCGCCCUGUCCAAGGCGAUCGAGCACCCCAUCAUCGUCUUCGUGAAGAACUCCAACCCUGGCCACGAGGGGUUCUUCACGUGGGUCUACGGCGACCACUUCCCCGCACCAGCGAUCCCGUUAUAUUUCAACGGGCGGGGCCACUGCGACCUCGGCGGGGCGGAGCGCGCGGCCUCGGCAGGGCGCCCGACCCUCGAGGCCAGCCUGCGCCGCGGGCGGCCGCGAGAGCCCGCCGAGCCGGCGGCUGGCCGCGUGGGCAGGGCGGCGCAGGCCUCGCGCUCUGGCGAGGGUUUCCAGCAGCACUUUCACGGCGCGGCAAGGUGGGUCAGCGCGUGCCCCAGGCCAUGCGGGGAGUCGAUGCCGUGCCAGCCCGCAGAGAGCACACACGCUUCUGAAAGCAUCGGCCGCCGUGCAUCCGUCAAGGGCGACACGUGCUACGGGCAGGUGGCGUGGGCGAUGCAGGCGGGGAUCGCGGAGAAGCCUGGCUGGUACCUCCCCUUGUCCAGGAACUCCGCGUUCGGGGAUCUCCAGGAGUCCUUCCACGGCGUGGCCAUGUACUCCAGCAUGUGCUACAAGCCGUGCAGAUUGCGGGAUUCGGUGGAGUGGCGUCCAGCAGAGAGCACAGACACUUCUGACAGCAUUGGCUGUCGCAAACUUGGCGAGGGUGACGCGUGCUGCAGGAAGAUGCUGUGGUGGGCGAUGCAGAUUGGAAUCGUGGAGAAGCCUGGCUGGUACCUCCCCUUGACCAGGAACUCCACUUUCGAGGAUUUUCAGGAGCACUGUCACCCCGUGGCCAAGUACUCCAGCAUAUGCCCCAAGCCAUGCAGAUCCCCGAAUUCAGUUGAGCGGCGUCCAGCAGAGAGCAUAGACAUUUCAGAAGGCAUCGGCUGCCGCAUACAUGUCGAGGGCGAUGCGUGCUACAGGCAGGCGACGUGGGCCAUGCAUACGGGGAUCGUUGAGAGUCCCAGUUGGUACCUCCCCUUGAGCAGGAACUCUACUUUUCAGGAUUUCCAGGAACACCUUCAUGGACUGGCUAGAUACUCCAGUAUGUGCCCCAAGUCAUGCGUUGCCCAGAAGUCCGCGAAUCAGCGUCUAGCAAGGGGCCAGUGCGACCUGUACGAUGCGCCGUGGAACGCCACGAACGGGCGCGACACGAACACCACGUGCGCCAGCCCAGUCCCGGAGGGUGGCCUCGGCGUCACUUUGAACAAGGUGCCGACCCCCGCGCCCACGAUUGCACCAACGCAGACACCAGAUUCCUGUGACGUCGCCGACAGGCACAGCUCGUCCAACGACAUCCCCGGCAGGCCCUCGUCCAGCCUGCGGCGGAGCGCCGACGAGCUCCCCGGCGCCGCGCCCGCGUUCGACCUGCGGCUGCACACCGCCGAGCUCAGCGGCCUCUCGAAGGUCGUGGAGUGCUGCCAGCCCCUGCUGUUCGAGAUAGUGGGCUUCCUGGCGCAGUCGCCCAAGGACGUCGCGUUCCUCUGUGGGAUGUCUGCACGGUUCGUGAACAUCCAGAUCAGGCCAGUGGCGAACUCCAUCUGGAAAGACCUGUACGCCCAGGCCAGAACCGACUGA